GCCACGCCCACCUUUUCACGCUACAAGAUGAUUUCGUGGGGAAUUAAGAUCAUGUAUACACCUGUUUUUAUACAGUCUAUGGUAUACACACUGUACCGUAACAGUACGUUUUCAAAAUGUUAAUUUUUUUUUUUUUUUUUUUAAAGUUCAUGUAUACGUUUUGCAAGUGCAUUUUCUCCUUCACGGUUAUGGCAAAUGUCAGAAGAACAGUUUGAGAAUAAAUAAAGUGUCUUCUGACUUUUAAGCUAUUGUAAGAUGUUAAUUUUAAACAAAAAGUUUUUUCUCUCUCAGGCCAGGGGGGGGGAAAGGCCACUGCCCAGACAGCAAGCCAACAUUGAAUAAACAUUGUUUUUCCAUCUGAAUCAUCAUUAUGGUUGAUGUUGAAAUUUCAAUGCAAAAUAAAUGUUGAAUCACCAUUACCAUAUCGAUGAAAACCUGAUGUUAUUAAUGUUGAUGGCAACAAUAUUGGAACAACAUUGAUCUAUAGUUAUCUUUAUGAUUGAUUAAGCAUUGAUAUUUGGUUUACCGGGCGAUCGCUGAAUGUGUUGAAAAGUCAUUGAUUUAUAGUUGACCGGGAAACGACGCUGUUGUUGAAGAGUCAUCGGCAUAUAGUUGACCGGGAAAUAUGAUUGAAAAUGCAUCGAUAUAUAGUUGACUGGGAAAUAUGAUUGAAAAUCCAUCGAUUUUUGGUUGACCGGGAGAUCAACACCAACGUACUGCACCGGACACAGCUCAUUUCUGGACCUUGGCACAAGCGUACAGAUCAUUAAUCCACAUCGUUUUUCAAGCAAGCAAGUCUUUAGUAUAAUAAGCCUCAUCUGAAGUGGCUGCGCUACGCCCCAGACCGAGCAGGAGGAGCUGGAAGACAGACGCAGCAGGAGUUAGCACUUUAAAAGAAAAAAAAAAUGAAAUAAUACAAUAAAAUGGAUGGAUGAACAUCAUGGCGCCCCCCGAGGCAGACGUGUUUGCUCGCUCCCCACUUGAAUGCCGUCUUUUUCUUCUUUUUUGUUUGUUUAUUUUUUUUUUCUCUACAGUGCACACAUGCAAUGCACUGCUAACAUAUAGCAGACAGGCAUUGAUGGACAUCGCUAACUCAGACAACCGUUUUGAAUUUACCAGUUUUAUACCACCGGAGCUACAACUCAUUACUCGCUCCCGCAAGCACCGCCGCCAACCACAGGAAGGCCUCGAAGCACCGAGCUCAAACGAGGAAUCUGACCCGAGGAGAGUGCUCCGGAGACGGCGACGUAAACGAGGCAAGAGGGGAUGGUUUCAUGCUAGGCUAAAGGCCCGCGCUAACCGACCACCGCUACCCAGCCUCUUGUUAGCUAAUGUGCGGUCUCUGGAAAACAAACUGGAUGAGCUGAGAGCAAGGAUCACAUCACAACGGGAAAUGAGAGAAUGCUGCGCUCUGAUUUUCACCGAGACCUGGCUCUCAGAGAAAGCCCCGGAAUCCUCUGUUCAACUACAGACUCAUUCAUUACAUCGAGGAGACCGGACCACAGCCUCCGGUAAGGCUAAAGGGGGAGGUGUGUGUGUGUUUAUCAACAACUCGUGGUGUGGAGAUAUACAGACUGUUUAUAAGCACUGCUCGCCAGAUGUGGAGUUUUUACUGCUGAAAUGCCAUCCCUAUUAUCUACCGAGGGAAUUCACUGCUGUGUUUAUAGCUGCUGUUUACAUCCCUCCGCGAACUAACUCCACAGCCGCGCUCGGCAAGCUCUACAACGUUUUCAGCGCGCUAGAAACGGCUCACCCUGAUGCUGUUUUUAUCGCCGCUGGCGACUUUAAUCAGUGCAAUUUACGGGCUGUACUUCCCAAAUAUCACCAACAUGUGGACAUUCCCACCCGCGAAAACAACACAUUGGACAAUGUUUACAGCAACAUACGCGGUGCGUAUAGGGCUGCACCCCGCCCCCACUUUGGACAGUCAGACCACAUCUCUUUGUUCUUGUACCCGGCCUACAGACAAAGACUAAAACAAACAAACCCCAUCACCAAACAGGUUAAACUCUGGACCCCUCAGACUGAGGGCAUCUUACAGGACUGUUUUGCUCUGACAGACUGGGAUGUGUUUAAAGCUGCAGCCACUUUGGAGGACUCUUCUGUCAGCGUACAGGAUUAUGCUGAGUAUGUGACUGGGUACAUUAGCACUUGUGUUGAUAACAUCAUACCUACCAUACAAGUCAAGAAGUUCCCCAAUCAGAAGCCCUGGAUAAACACCCAGGUACGCCACAUGCUACGUGCUCGAUCUCUUGCAUUUACAUCAGGCAACGAGACUGAGUACAAAGCUGCAAAGUAUGGGUUGAGAAGAGCCGUUACAGUGGCUAAGAGGCAGUACAAAGAGAAGCUGGACAGUUUCUACUCUACUGCCGACGCCGGACGGAUGUGGCAAGGCCUGCAGCACAUUACUGACUACAAGACCACCACAAACACUAAUAUCAGCCCCUCAGACAGCCUGCCGGAUGACCUCAACAUAUUCUAUGCCCGCUUCGAGACCUCCAACGUCAACACAGAGGAGGCACACACACACUCAGACCACCCAACCCCCCCUCCCCCCUCCUACCGUCUCAUCAGCUGUGGUACACAAAGCACUGAGGAAGAUCAACCCCCUCAAAGCACCGUCCCAACCUGCUUCAAAACCUCAACCAUCGUCCCCCUUCCCAAGAAGAGCCCCCCAACCUGUCUGAAUGACUACAGGCCAGUAGCACUCACUUCAAUCAUCGCAAAGUGUUUUGAGAGAGUGGUGCUGGCCCAAAUUCAGAGCAGAGUGCCAGACACUUUGGACCCCCUGCAGUAUGCAUACCGGACCAACAGGUCCACCUCAGACGCCAUUGCUGCUGCUCUCCAUAUUUCCCUCUCUCACCUGGAAGAUAAAGACACUUACAUCAGGAUGCUCUUUAUUGACUACAGUUCUGCUUUCAACACGGGGUGUGUUCUCAGUCCCAUCCUCUACACACUGUUCACACAUGACUGCGUCGCCUUCCAAAAGGACAACAUCAUUGUGAAGUUCGCUGACGACACUGCAGUGAUAGGACGGAUCACUGGUGGAGAUGAAGCAGCCUACAGGAAGGAGGUGGCCAGACUUAUGACAUGGUGUGAGGACAACAACCUCGCCCUCAACACGGACAAGACAAAGGAGAUGAUAGUGGACAUGAGGAAGGAGAGGAGAACUCACCAGCCACUGUUUAUCCGAGAUCUUGAAGUGGAGAGGGUGAGCAGCUUUAAAUACUUGGGGGUCCACAUCAGCGAGGACCUCGCCUGGACACUCAACACCACCCAGCUGGUUAAGAAAGCACAACAGCGGCUGUACUUCCUAAGGAGGCUGUGGAAGUUUGGCAUGUCACCUAAGAUCCUCAGCAACUUCUACAGCUGUGUUGUUGAGAGCGUUCUGACCAGCUGCAUCACCGUGUGGUAUGGCAGCAUUACAGUGAGGGACCGCAAACGUCUGCAGAGAGUGGUGAAGACUGCUAAGAAGAUCAUCAGGACUCCACUGCCCUCCCUGCAGACCAUUUACCAUCGCAGAGUUCACAGGAGAGCUGCCUCCAUCCUUAAGGACCCCACCCACCCACAACAUGGACUGUUCACACUCCUACCCUCAGGACGGAGGUACAGGAGUGUGAAAUGUAGGACUUCCAGAUUAAGGAACUCCUUCUUCCCCUCAGCCAUUAGACUGUUAAACGGGUAG